CCGAUCAUUCACUGCAGUUUGCCCUGUCAGAGCCUCUCCCUUACCACAUUCUAGAGCCAUGCAUAUCCAGUCGAUUCCUAUGUGGACCGGAAAAGGCAAUAACUAUGCCUACCUGGUGACAGAUGAGUCGACAAAGCAGUCGGUCAUUAUUGACCCUGCUAACCCGCCCGAAGUUGUCCCCGAAUUGGAGGCUCAGACUAAAGCCGGGAAGAUCACUCUGGCUGCUAUCGUGAAUACGCAUCACCACUGGGACCACGCCGGCGGAAAUGACGAACUGCUCAAAACAUUCAAUGUUCCCAUCAUCGGAGGGAAACAGUGCCAGUCGGUUACUCAGACCCCAGCCCAUGGCGAGGUAUUCAAGAUUGGAGACCGCAUUUCCGUGACGGCCUUGCACACGCCUUGCCAUACGCAGGAUAGCAUCUGCUAUUUUAUGCAAGAUGGUGACGACAAGGCUGUUUUCACCGGUGAUACGCUGUUCAUUGCUGGAUGUGGACGAUUCUUCGAAGGUACUGCACCGGAGAUGCAUAAGGCGUUGAAUGAAACAUUGGCUUCUCUCCCGGAUGAUACAAAGGUUUAUCCUGGUCAUGAAUAUACAAAGGGCAAUGUGAAAUUUUGCCUUACUGUCUCGCAGUCCGAGGCUAUUAAGAAGCUGGAGGCAUUCGCUGAGCAGAAUCGGGAAACGCAGGGCAAAUUCACAAUUGGUGACGAGAAGCUUCAUAAUGUGUUCAUGCGAGUCAAUGACCCCGAGAUUCAGAAGAAGACGGGCAAGACGGACCCAGUACAGGUGAUGGCAGCUUUGCGCGAGAUGAAGAAUGCCAUGUAAUUACUGACCAAGAAGAAAAAUCCAAUAAUUAUCAAUUGAGUCAAUUCCAAACUAUCUAAUUUUGCAU